CAAACGAAUACAAAGGAAACCGAACAGUUUACACCCAGCAUACAAACGGGGGGACCCGAACCCCGACCAUAGUGCACUGUCCUGAAAGCUCAAACACCACCAUUCCAACAACUUACUAAAGUAUUCAAAUGCAACUAGAGGUGAAAUGGCAGGCGUCCAAGCGCCCGAUGGCGAUGAUUGAUCAGUAACUAACCCGGUGAGGAAGUCAAUAAACUAGUUACAGGAAAACCGAGCCUUAGGCGAAAGCGGUGGAUUAUAACUUCCUUUAUUUAAACAGAAAAGGUCAAUCGAUUUUAUGCAAACCACAGCUGGUUUAACUAGAUUUUAUACCGGGAACUUAUUCCGCCGCCAGCAGCGUCAGCGUGGUGGGUCUGCGGCAGGUAGCGGCCGUAGAUCCGGCGUAAAAUGCGGUUGCUCCUGCGCAGCGGCCCCUUGCUUUGUGCCAGUGUGACAGGGAUGACACUCUUCGCGUCUCUGAACCUAAGUUAGCACUGCUCUGUCUGCUGCUUAAUCUGCCACAUCGCCCUCAUAAUAAUAAACGCUAAGAUCCAACGUCGAUCGGCAUCAUGAACGUCGCUGAAGUGGAGGAGCACAUUUCACAAAAGUAUGAAAUAAAGCGCCGACUUGGAAAGGGGGCCUACGGGAUUGUGUGGAAGGCCAUCGACCGCAAAACUGGAGAAGUUGUGGCUGUGAAAAAGAUAUUUGAUGCUUUUCGGAACAGGACUGAUGCUCAGAGGACGUUUCGUGAAAUCUUGUUCCUGCAGGAGUUUGGAGAUCAUUCCAACAUCGUCAAGCUGCUUAAUGUAAUAAGAGCCCAGAAUGACAAAGACAUCUACCUGGUGUUUGAAUACAUGGAGACAGACCUGCACAUGGUGAUUAAGAAAGGAAACCUUCUAAAGGACAUUCACAAGCGUUACAUCAUGUACCAGGUGCUUAGGGCCACCAAGUUCCUGCACUCCGGCAACGUGAUCCACAGGGAUCAGAAGCCAUCCAACAUCUUGCUGGACACAGACUGCUCUGUGAAGCUGUGUGACUUUGGCCUGGCCCGCUCCCUCUAUCAGAUCCAGGAAGAUGCUGGGAACCCCGCGUUGACCGAGUACGUGGCGACCAGAUGGUACCGAGCCCCCGAAAUCCUGCUGGGCUCCUCCAGGUAUACGAAAGGCGUGGACAUGUGGAGCGUGGCCUGCAUCCUGGGUGAGAUGCUGCUGGGGAAGCCCCUCUUCCCAGGAACCUCCACCAUCAACCAGAUCGAAAGGAUCAUGAGAACCAUCCCACACCCUACGCCAGAAGAUGUGUGCUCCAUUAAGUCGGAGUAUGGCUCUUCGGUUAUCCAGAGGAUGCUCCUACGGCCACAGGUUCCUCUAGAGGACAUGCUGCCGUCCUCUGUGCCCCCAGAUGCCUUGGACCUUCUGAAACACCUGCUGGUCUUCAACCCUGACAAGAGAAUGACGGCUGAGCAGGCCCUCCGACACCCCUACGUGUCCAGGUUCCACAACCCAGCCAAGGAGCCAGGUCUGGACUACGAUGUGGUCUUGCCGGUGGAUGAUGACGUCCAGCUCUCUGUGACACAGUACCGCAAUAAGUUAUAUGAUAUGAUCCUGGAGCGGAGAACCAGCCUUCGCAUGCAGCACCAGGCCCAGCAGAAGGAGAAAGAGGAGUCCAGAGCAGGUGGUGACUUCAGGGCCCAAGGUGAGGGGGCAACCAGGCAAAGCAAGGUGCAGGAAAGGCAGAAGGAACCGCCCAAAUCCCAACCUGCCAAAGAGAGGACGAGCCCCACGGUCAGCCCCGAAGCAAGCAAGACCACCUACAACCCGAUAACGCACAUCCCCAAUGGUGUGAUCAAGCCAGUCUCCAACAUACCAAUGCAGCCCUGCCACCAACGAACUGUGACCGCCAGCAAACCACCUGCGGAACAGAAAUAUCAGGAGAGUAUAAUCACGCGACCAACAGAGGGCGCCAACGGCAGCGCACCCUCUGUCGCCCCAGAUCCAUGGCAACGCGGUGGCUCCCCCCCCGUGUCCCGCACGCGCUCUUUCUCCCUGACGCUCACACGACCCCAGCUCAACCCGCUGCUGAGAAGGGACGAGCCCGCUGUGUCUGGCAUCACAGUCACCUCUGCCCGCCUGAACCAGAGAUGGCCAGCCCAGUCACGAGACGUGCGGCCACCUCCCAGGUUCAGUAAGAAAGUCUUCCAGAGCCAGUCCAACGUAGGGGCAUCGGGAGACCCCCGGGCUAAACUGGGGAGCUAUUCCCAGGCGUACGGCACCAUCAACAAAAGUGAACUGGACAACCUGCUGAGGAACCGGCAGACCCAGUGAGCAUCGAAAGGGUAGAAGGGAAGGUAUGGAGAGGCUACAAAGAAAGCUGAGAGAACUGGAGAGGACGACAAUCAAAGCUGGAAGGGCAGGAACUCAUCACAAGAUGCAGAACUGCAGAGUGAAGCCUACUAAGAAGAGAACACCACUGUGGAUGUUCUCUGCAACCAAGAAGGGGGAUAAAGAGCAGAGCCCCUUCACAGGGUCACACUCAGACCAGAUGCUACAACACUACAUUACAUUUCGUCAUCCCCAAACACUAUAUCAAAGAAAUAGAUCUUGUUUGCCAAAGCAAUUUAAAAUACAUUUUAAAAUCAGACUAUUCUCAAUGUUUUUGCUCAUAUCUCUUAUAAACAUGCCACUCUUAAGAGAUGUUCCUUAAAGAGGACAAUUGGGCCUGUAAGAUGACGUCACAGUUGUGGGGUGUUUUAUUUACCAUCCCAGCACUUAAAAAAAAAAAAUGUUCUUUCUGUUUUUCCCGAUAUGGUCAUUUACGUAAUAUUAAAACAAAACUCGUUUUAUAAUUCGUUAAAACCUGAAAUGUUAUAUAGCUUUAAUGCAACGGACAUUGGAUCAUUACAACUAUUUUAUCUAAAUGUUAGAUAAAAUCUCAAUAUAACUUGAAGUUUCAAAUAACUACAGAAAAAUCAGAGCAACAGGUAGGCCUAUAAAAAGAACUAAUAAUUGUGGAUUUGCUCGGGGUAUUAUAUUUUGAAUUGCACGAGUUAAGGAGCACAGCUGCAGGUCUAUUAUGAAAAGUCAGGACAGGUAGUUGCAGUCGGUCCCCAUUAGUCUGAAAAGGGAACAGGAAGGCGCUGCAACGAAUUGUUGGUCACAGGCUAAUUUGAAACAUGCGGGCCGUGGUCCUCUCUCACACAUUCGUAUUCUGUUUAAACACAAGAUCACCUCUACUUCUUUAUUAGGAAAAAAUUAAUAAUGUUCAUUUCUUAUUCAUGUGCAGGCUACUUAAGAACCGCACACUUUACGUUUAAAUGCAUUUAGACCGUCACCCUUCGGAUGUCAUUAAUCACGUUUAAGUCAAACAACAGGUUUUGAAAAAAGAAAAAAAAAUACGCCGUGUUGUUUUCACAGAACAAAGGGUCUCUAGUCGAUUCGUGAACGAAUCGUUGUUUGGAACCGGUUCUUUUCAAUGAAUCAGUCGAAGCGAUUAUCAAAUCUAAGCCAAUUUAAAUAAAAAAAUAGUUUUAAAUGUCAAAGUAUUACAUUUUUUAAAUAUCUGAAUAUUUUAAAUAUCGGAAUUUAUACCCCUUCCGCAUACCGUAAUCUGUUGGGUUUGUGCUGCGUCUCUAACUCCUCGUUCGCUAAGAUCGACCGAAUUACUGAAAGCCGGUUCAUAAGAACGAAUUGCUCAUGAAUCGACAACAUUACUCAGUAGUUUGGCUGAACCGGUUACUCGGCGAGACUCCUAAGACCCGAAACUCACCGAGUUACCUAUUCAGAUGGUACUGAAAGGCUGCUCGAAAGUUAAGAUCUCAAAGAAUCGGGAUACGUUUCCCAAAAUCUCCCGUUAGCAGCUUAGCUGGAAUGGUUCAGUUGCAUGGCUCCAGCUAUGUAAGAUGCUAACGUUCUUAGCAACUAUAUGCUUUUGGGAAACGUAUCCCCUUGGUUAGAGCCCUUGCGAACAGCGUUUGCUGAGGCAAAUAUAAUAUAGUUUUAAAGCCUACGCAUUCUACAUAUUAAA